AUGGAGGAUGGAGGGUUGUUUGGAGCAUGUUGCGAUUUUUGUAUGAGAGCUUUUUGUAAAAUCUGUUUGGAGACGACAGUAACUGAAAACGAUUGUCUUGUCUUGGGUCAGAGAAAGUUGAUUUUUGGUUGUAAUGAGUGUAAAACUCAACUUUUUAGCUGUAUUGAAGAGCUGUCACAUCUGAAAAAGGCGCAUGAGAAAUGUCUAAAUGAGAUAAAAAACUGCAGAGAGGGUCCAGAAGCUUUGAGGAUCUUGUAUAUUGAUAGAGAGGAUGAAAUGCAUAAGAAAAUUCAAUACCAUGUAAAUACAAUUGAAAAAUUAAACAAGGACGUUAAAAAACUAAAUGAGGAAAUUAUUCACCAUCAGAAGGAAAAAGAAGAAAUAAAUGAAAAUCUGGAAAAUUUAACCAAAAAUCUACAUGAAAGUGAGGAAAAAAAUCAAAAUAUGGCAUUAGAAAUUACAAAGCUUAAUAAUUGUAAUAAAAAUAAAAAUGAAACAUCAAAUAUAUCUAAAAAGUCUGGAGAUCAAUCCAACUACAGUCUACAGCUGGAACUUAGAAAUCUUGAAGCUGAAAAAGGAACAGAAAUUAAAAACUUAAAUAUCAGAAUUAGUGAUUUAACAGAUGAAAAUCGAGAGUUUUUAGAAAAGGCUAAAAACAUUCAAAAUACUAAUAAUAAAUUAAAACAAGAACUAUGUGAACUGAAAGAAUUGCAGAAGCAAAUGAUUGUCAGUCUGAAUACCAUGGAGGAAGAAAAUAAACUAUACAACACAGAAAUAAGAGAACUUAAAAACAAAUUAUGCCAAACGCAGACAGCAAUGAAGAAGCCCACAACUGAAAAUAAAUUGCAAAAGGAUAAAAAUAAAAACUUUUAUAGUGGAGAGCCGCAGAAUAAAAGAAACGUGGAAAGUGUAUAUGACAAUAACACGCCCGGUAAUGUUCAGCAAAAAACAUACGUGCAAAAACCCAAAAUAUUUCUGCUAACUGAUUUAUAUGGCAAAUAUCUACACGAAGACAUUAGCAGUUGCUUUGCUGUUAUUUAA